AUGGCUUACAACCAGGUCGCCGAGUGUUUUGCAGAAUAUGCAAUUGGCACUUGCUUCUUGCUGCUCCGGCUCUUUGCCCGAGUGAAAAUGGCUGGAGUCUGCAGUCUGCAGUUGGAUGAUGCGUUUGCUGUCAUGGCUAUUAUCUUCUUUACUCUCCAGACCGCUAUUAUAUACUUGCUUGGCGUAUUCGGGAAUAACAUCGGUCUCAACACCGUCACCGCAAUGCAAGUUCCAGACAGCCAAGUGUCCAAACUAGAACUCGGUUCGAAGCUGGCUUUCAUGAACUGGAUCUGGUAUAUGUACUAUAUCUGGUGCCUCAAAGGUGUUUUGCUCUGUCUAUACAACAAACUCACACAAGGAACUCGACGACAACAUCUAGUCUGGGCCGCGUCAGCAUUCUGUUUCUUGACAUGGCUAGUGUGCAUCUUGACGCAUAUCUGCAUCUGCACCCCGAUUACUCGUAAUUGGCAGAUCAAGCCCUACGCCGGAGACUCCUGCACAAUCCGCGGCCCACUCUACAUUGUCAUCGCUAUCAUGAACGUCAUCUCCGAUAUUAUCAUCAUCCUAAUCCCCAUCCCCAUCCUCGUGAAACUCCAAGUCCCCCUGCACCGCAAGGCAAUCCUCACCGCCAUGUUUUCCUCCGGCAUCUUCAUCAUGAUCUGCACCAUUCUUCGUGCCUACUACUCGCUCAAAUCCCUGACAACGCUCAGAAUCGCCCUGGGUUGGGCAAAUCGCGAGUGCUUCGUCGCUGCUAUCGUCGUCUCGUUGCCCGGUAUCAAGCCGUUGUUCCGGAACACUCGAUGGAUCGGGUCUAGUAAUCGCGGGAAGCAGUAUAAUUAUACGGGACCGUCGUCGUCGGGGUACAAUGGGUUUGGGUCGAAGUCUUCUGGGAACACCAAGACGUAUAUCACGUCGUUGGUUAGUAGUAAUCGCACUGGGCAUGUCGAGUUGCACGAUGUGCCGACGACCACGACGAUGGGGGAUAGGGAUAGCGAUGGGAAGAGGGCGUCGACUGCUAGUAAGGAGUUGAUUUUGAAUAAUGAUGAUACCCAUGCCCGGGGGCAUGAUGAGGAGGGAGCUGGGACUGGGUCGAGGGGGUCGGGGUCGCCAGGGGAGAAUCCUCCGCUCGCUAUUCGAGUCACCACUGAGUAUACUCUGGCGCAUGAAGCUGGGGCUCGACGGUUGCAGUAA